AUGGUUACAAGAAAAAUCAGAAGAACAAUCAAAGAAGAAGAAAUAAUAAAGGAUGAUAAUACUAUUCCUAGGUCAUCAAAAGAAGAAUCAAGAAGCUCAAAACGAAAAUCAACGAGGAUAAAGAGUAAAAAGGUUGUAACACCCAAAUCAAAGAAGAAAGCUGCUGAUAGUUCAUCGGACGAUGAAUCUCAAGAGUUACAAAGACAAAAAGGAAGAACACAGAGUAAAAAGAAUAAAAAGGCAGCAAAUCAGAAAAAGGAGAAACAUGGUUACAAGACCAAUGCUACAAAAUGCGAUCCUGAACCUGCUCAAGUGUACUGGAAUCAAGAAGAAGAAUGGAAAGAUCGCAAUUCUAAAUCUGAAGGUGGAGAAAACAGUGAUGAAGACAAUGAGGAUGAUGCCGAAAAUGAACAAGUACAGGAUAAUGAAGAUGAUGAAGAUAUUGAGUACAUGACACCAAGAGUAGAAACUGAACAAACUCUGGAAGAUAUGUUACAGUUGUUGUAUGCGGAGCAAACUCACUUGGUGAAACCACUGACGUUACCAGAGGAUCGAUACCUGCCGAGAGCGGCAAGGUGGAACAUCAAAGAAAUAUCUGUUGAGUUUCUAAAGGAUAUGGAGACUUCGCAAAACACAUUCUCUGAAGAAUUUAAGGAAGAAUAUACUCUGGAUGAAAUAGAAAUGUUGAAUAAAAUUUCUCAAAGGCUUCCAGUUGAAGACGUACCAUUGAAAGAAGAUUGGCAAGAAAAGUUUGAGGAUUUGGAAAGUUACCCACCUCCACAACCAAACUCGGAAGAUGAAGAAUCUAGUAGUAGCUUUGAAGAAGAUGUUCAUUUGAGUGGUAAUUCAGACGAGACCAUUCCAUCAACAACUACUCCCUUAGUAACAGAGGGUGAAAAGGAAAUUCCAGUUGAUACACAAGAAAAAUUGAAUGAACAAGGAAAUGCUACUCCAACUACGCCUGUUACAGGGAGCUCUGAAGAAAAUCCCACACAAUACGCUCUUGAGGCUGAAAAGGAUGAACUCCAACAAACAGCAGCGACACAAGUUCUGGGUAAUAUUGAAACGGAAAUUGGUUCUCUUAGAGAGAGACGGGUUGCUUCGCUUGAAGAAAUGUUGUCGAAUAUGCAGUUUAUGCCCUUGGUUUGUGAGCUACCGAGUCUCAAAGAACUGCAUAAUGUGCCGAUGGAGAAAUUCAUUGACCUGGCCAUCCAUGGCAAGGGUAUUUAUACCAAUGAGUACUCAAAAUAUCUACAAGAUGAAAUUAUGGGAGAUCCUUAUUCAUCCUUAGGAAGUCUUAAUCUGGAGUACCCGUCGACUGGUAGUUUAGAAAGCUUGGAAAAAUUGUACCAAACUCAAAUCUUUGAUAAAUAUUAUGCUAAAGAUAUGGAUUCUCCAUCACAAGUUUCAAAACCAAGUUUUGACUUAGGUUUAGGACCAAAUGAUCAAAAUGUUGAAAAUGAAGAAGAGGUACAACAACCUGCAAUUGAUCUAGGUGCACCUGAUCCACCUCAAAUCCAUCUUGCAGCUGCGCCUGCGCCUAAUGAAGCUUCAGUUGGUAUAGAAGCAUCAAAUCAAGCUCAAAUGUAUCCCUCAGCUGAGCAAACUCAAAUAAAAACUGCACCUAUACUUAAUGAAGCUUCAACAAUUGAUUUAGCUGCACCCGAACAAUCUCAUAUGAAUCCUGCAACUGAGAAAGCUGAAUUUCAGCAACCUCAACAAGAGGAAAAAAGGAAACCUUGGGAUCCUAUUCCAUUCAAUGAAGUAGAAAGGAAGAAGAAAAUUAAGAAUGACAGAAAGCAACACCCUGCUGAAGGUGAAAGCUACAAAGAAUCAGAGAGUGUUGUGAAUUUAAUAGUCUCUCAUUUGUUUUAUUAUGUUUAUGCUAUAUUGAAUGGUAAGGAACCUGGGGUAAGUCAGACAUCAGCGGAAGACAACGUACCACUUGCCAAAAGACUCGAAGAUAGGCUGGCUACUAAGGGUAAUGGAGCCAAACCAAUAGAGAAGAAAAAGGCGAGUACGUCAGUCAAGGACAAGGAUAAGAAAAAGCCGACUAUCUCUGCCAAUGAGAAGAAAGAUACUCCAAAAAUCACAUUUACCCCUCAGAAGCCAAUAACUCGGAGCAACCCACAGAAAAGAGUUGAUUCUGAUUUCACGAGUGGCAAGGAUUGCUGGAAUUAA